UGAGUGCGAUAAAAGAGUGAAGGGAGGGAAGAAGGAUAGGAAGGAAAUUUGUGUGAAAAUCUUUCUCUCUUUUUCUCUCUCUCGUUUUUUCGAAGAGAGAAAUCGUAGAUCUGAAUUUUUACUUUAUUUUUAAUUUUAAUCAAUAAUCGUAAUCAGAAUAAUUUAGUUUGAGAAAAAACAAUGGGAUUGUGGGAAGCUUUUCUGAAUUGGUUACGCAGCCUUUUCUUCAAGCAGGAGAUGGAGUUAUCUCUUAUAGGGCUUCAGAAUGCUGGAAAGACUUCCCUUGUAAAUGUUGUUGCUACCGGUGGAUACAGCGAGGACAUGAUUCCUACAGUGGGAUUCAAUAUGAGGAAAGUAACAAAAGGCAAUGUUACAAUAAAGUUAUGGGAUCUUGGAGGGCAACCUAGGUUCCGUAGCAUGUGGGAACGUUACUGUCGUGCGGUUUCGGCUAUUGUUUAUGUUGUUGAUGCUGCUGAUCCAGAUAACCUUAGCAUAUCAAGAAGUGAACUUCAUGAUUUGCUGAGCAAGCCAUCAUUGAGUGGUAUCCCUUUAUUGGUGUUGGGAAACAAGAUUGACAAGGCAGGGGCUCUGUCUAAACAAGCUUUGACCGACCAAAUGGAUCUGAAAUCAAUUACUGAUAGAGAAGUUUGUUGCUUCAUGAUCUCAUGCAAAAACUCAACCAACAUCGACUCUGUUAUUGACUGGCUUGUGAAGCAUUCCAAAUCAAAGAGCUAAGAAACUGCUUUGUGCUUUGAACUUUGAUGUAAUUUUGUGGCGACUCAAUUCUGGAUUUAGUAGUGGCAUUUGCAUGUCUAACUCUGAGAUUGGUUUAUCCUUCCCUUUCCUCAGGUUCUUAGCAAUGAUUAGUCUUGUAUGAUUGGGAAUUAAACGGGAUAAAAUACAUGUCAAGGGUUACUUUGAGUAAAUUUUAUUGUGUAUUAUCGGUGUAGCUAUAUCAUUAAAAGUUCACAGAUUUUCUUGUGAGAGGAAUUGAUGGUUUUGUCAUUGUAAAUUGAUACCCGUUUCUUUCAAAUGACCAGCAAUGUGUGGCCUUAAAUUAAUCUUGCAAGU